CUCCCAGUAUUCAGCGUAGAUAGGCACAAACCCGUUUAAGACCGAGCCCAACGUUUGUCCUUGAGUGGCUUACCAUAUGACCUUGUGGCGCGAAAUAAAUACUCCUGCUCAACUGUUUGUUCAUUGGAACUUUUCGGUACAGCGAAAUAAAAAGCCGACAGAGUUCAACGACGAGACUCUAAUUUAUGGACGAGACAAUCAGAAGCGUUUUAGAGAUUUCAAGGUUACGGCUAUAACAAAUAAAACGGCGUAUCUGAGUAUAUGCAACUGCAAACUUAUUUUGCUAUAUUGACGUGCAUUUUCUGAUUCCAGUUCAAAUAAAUGUGGUUGGCCUUCUUCAGCUUCAGCUUAUGCUAGUCCUCCAUCUGUUCUAUCCCGUAAAUUGGUUAAUUUCUGUCAGAUAGUAUUGUUCAUUUAAUGACCUGAUAGGUAAUAACAAUAUCGGAGCUUGAAUACAUGAACAGGACAUCUAUCUUUGUGGCAUCGUCUGUUUUUGUGGCGUCUGCGUUCACUCUGUUUUGUUUCUCGAGACCAUUUCAAAGACCCCAUGUUAAAAAAGUCUCGUUCAAGCCAUUAGUGCCUCAUUUCACAUUAGGCGAUACGUCACUCCCUAAAGUUAUCGAAUUAGACAACGGAAACUUAACGCUUGAUUUCUGUACAUCCAUCUGUACACUGAUCAAUAUAUCUGAUUAUAACACAAGACAGAAGCUUAUCAUCAGUCUUCAUCAAGCUUCAUCAUUUCGUCGGAAUUUUGAUGUCAUUAGGGACUCUAAGUGCCUAGAACUCCUCCUAUCUCUCCUGGAUUCUACCUCAGGGACGUUACCAGGACGCCAGCAAAACCUAAACAUUCUUCACGUCGUAAUGAACUUGGCGUGCGAUCAACAAAAUUUUCCAAUCAUAAAGGACUAUCUCGAUGAUAUUUUAUUAAUAGCAAAUGCAGUGGAUUACAGUGAUCAAGCAUGCGUUGCUCUUCAGGUCCUCGGUAAUAUAGCACUAACUCCAGAUGGAUGCAAAUUGCUACGUAAUAAAUGUGGUUAUCUCUGUAAUAUGUUAAAAAUGCGCGAUCCAUACGUCCUACGAAAUCUACUAGUAGUUUUUGUGAAUCUGUCCUGUGACAUAGAUUGUUGUGGUGAAAUUCUUACACAGGAUCCUGAGGAAUUUAUGAAAACUUUGGAGUACUCAUUGUCUUCGGGUGCACCCAUAUCAGUUUCUCUAAAGAUGAUCGUUCUCCUCAAUAAUCUAUAUUCUCGGAUGAUACAGAAGCAAGAAACUUCACGGAAAUCAUCUGAUUCCUCACCCUCUUCAAAGUCUAUAGCUAAUUCACUUAAGAAUAAUUGCACUCUAGUCAAAUCGUGGAUUAUGUUCUUGAUAUCUUCAUCAAAAGACCCGGGUGAACUCGAAUUUCAUUUGCAAAAGCUUGCAUCUUCUUUGGAAAAAGUGGAAAAUUUCAACAUUGAGUUAUGAUGUCCAGUGAUUUUGCCAUCAUACAUUACAUUUAUCAAAUGUUAAGCGAAUUUUUGUACAUCUUUAUUUUUCCUCAAAUAAACUCCAUUUCUUUCGAUGUUUUAUCUUGUAUGUUUUCUUUUUGUUGCUUCGCUGAUGGAAAAAAAAUAUGAUGUAUCCCAAAACUUUUAGUCAUGCCACCCAAAAAAUCUUUAUCGACGCUAUUUGGGUUCUUCAACACUCCAGUGUUAUCAGAAAUCAAAGUUUUCAAUUGUCCUGACCGUAAUGAAUACUCUAUUAUAGCUGAGUGGACGCAGACUGAUACUUUUCGAAAAGACAGUGUUUCAUAUUCAAGAAAUUAUCUGGUCACCUUACCACAACAUGACAUGCAUGAAAAUCUACAUGUGAACUACACUUCACAACUACAGUUCACCUCAUUUGGACAGUGUUUUCCUUUCGCCUCACAGAACCAUGUACGUACUAUUUGGGAUAUUAAGUCUCCUGAAGGUUGUCACCGAGCUGUGUGUAUCGAAUGUAAUCCUCCACUGGCUUCAAAUCCUUCAAAGUCUACUGUCGCUAGUACCACAGAAUCAGGUAUUUUCAUUCAAGUGUGGAUAAAUGGACGUUUCACAAACUCUAUAAAGCUCCCAACACUUAAUGCUCGUCAUGGUCGUAUCUAUCCUUCGAAUAGUUCGACAUUCCAUGGAGCUCGAUGGUCGAAUGCAAGAGAUAAGAUUGUUUAUUUGGCAGAAGUGUGUAGUAAUCCUAGUGAGAAUACUACUACUAAUGAUCAGUCAUUCAAAGAUGAAACUUCAUCGUUUGUAUUCCAAGAGGAUUGGGGUGAAGGCAAUGAAGGAUCGCAUAAACCGAAGCUUUGUAUACUUGAUCUUACUACUGAAACUGUUAGUUUUGCUCCAGUCGAUGAAAAUAAGUAUAAUUUAGCUUGCAGUGAACCGUUAUGGAGUCCAGAUGAUAAUGGGAUUAUAUUUGUUGGUUAUCCUUCGCAAGCUUAUAAUCUUGGAUUAAUUUACUGUAUUCAACGUCCAUCUCAACUUUAUUUUUGGGACAUAAAAAAGAAUAGUAUCGAACCAAUCAGUGUGCCUGGUUAUUCAGUUCAAUGUCCGCGAUUCAAUCCAAACGGUACUUAUUUAAUUUGGCUUCAAAACCCUGUUGGUGGACCACAUGGCCAGUGUGUUUCAUUAGUUGGAACUCAAUGGCCAAUGAACUGCUUGAAACCUGAGGUUAUUAUACCAAUUAUCAAUAGUCCAUGCAGUGAUUAUAAGUGUACUAUUGAUAGAUUUCCAGGACUGUAUUGUAAAUUAGCAGAUCGUUGUUGGUCUAGUGAUGGACAACAUGUAUUAGUCUCAUCAUGUUGGGGAUUCGAGGUUGUUGGACUUCUUAUUUCAGUGACUGAAUCCAUUGCCCAAUCAAGACCAGUUAUAUAUAAACUGCCUAAGUUGUAUUUAUCAUCAGAUGGAACUACGUUGUCAUCAUCAUUAUCAAUUUUAGAUGUUUACGAUGAUGUUCUAGUGGUCUCUGUCAGUUCUCCAAUUCAUCCACAGCAUAUAGCUGUAUUAAAUUUAAAGUAUCUGAAUUAUGCUAAUUUGUCUUCUGAUCUUAAUCAGCGUCCAUGGUUAAUCAUUUCUGAUGGAAUUGAUUUAAAACAAAAUCAUUUACGUUCAUUGAAAGGUAUUGAUUGGUCAAUUCAUCAAAUAGAACUGGAAAAUAAAUCAGAUAACCAAAUAAAUUCAUUUGAAUGUUUACUAGUUCAUCCCAUACUUCAAGAUGAUGGUUCAAUUCAACAAAUAGAUGUAUCCGAUUUCACAUUUGCAAAAGAUCUAACAGAAAUUGUAGCAUGUAGACUUCGUGGUUUAAUUGUAAUGCCUCAUGGUGGUCCACAUGCACAUUCAAGUGCUUCUUGGUCUUCGAUGAUCGCUGGAUUUUGUUCGGUAGGCUUUGCUUGUUUAUUAAUUAAUUAUCGUGGAUCACUUGGUUAUGGCAAUGCGUUUGUCCAAGAUUUAAUCGGAUAUAUCAGUGAAAAAGAUGUGUCCGAUUGUGUUCAAGCUACUAAAUUUGCAUUGAAUUAUUUGCAGAAAUUUGGGUCCAACUUGAAAGCAGUUUUAUUUGGUGGUUCACAUGGAGGCUUCUUAACGUUACAUUUAGCCUCACGAUAUAAAAAUUUAUAUCAUGUAGCUACAGCUCGUAAUCCAGUGGCUCAUUUAGUCAGUCUUAUUGAUACAUCUGAUAUACCGGAUUGGUGUUAUACUGAAUCAGGUUUAGCAGAUUGGUGUGAAUGGUUUCUUGGUCAUUUACCGAAUGGCAAUGAAUUAAUGCGUUUGUCAAAUCAAUCUCCUUUGAAAUAUUUAGAUAAAACAUGGUCUGUACCUUUGUUAAUGCUGUUAGGUGGGAAAGAUCGUCGUGUACCAAAUAGUCAGGGAUUAACAUUCUGUCGAAAGUUGAAAGCCUUAUGUCCAACUGUACCAUGUGAAACAUUGCUCUAUCCAUAUGAUUCACAUCCGUUGGAUUCACCAGCAUGUUCAUUAGAUGUUUUUGUGAAUUGCGUAAAUUGGUUUUUAAAACACUUAUGAAACUUGUGAAGAAGCAUAAUUCUGUGUUCUCUUUUCUGUUCAUUUUUUUCACUUCGAAAUAAAUAAUAUUAAUAUGACCAGUAUUGACAAUUAUUUUGGAGAGUUUCUGGACAAUGAAGAUAAUGAACAAGAACAGAAUAGUAAACCUCUACAAGACAUGCGUUCUGGUGUAAUAUUUUUAAUUGAUUGUACGCCGACAAUGCUUGGGUUACAUGGUUCAUUCGAUUUAAAUAGUAGUAAUACAGUGGAUUCAUCAUCAGUAAAAAGUGGAUUUGAUUUAAGUCUGUUAUGUUGUCAAACAUUUCAACAGAAUAAAGCACUUCAUAGUCCUUUUGAUAUGAUCGGACUUGUUUUAAUGCGUACAAAUGAGUCAUCUGUUGAAAUGAAGAAUAUUAUGGUUUUACAGCCUUUAGGUUUGGCUGAUUCUACACGUAUAUUAAAAAUUGAAAAGUUGAGACAGUUAAAACCCGAUGAAUUGGAGAAACGAUAUGGUACUAUUGUAAAUCAACCUAAUAUUACUUUUCCUCUACACGAAGCAUUGUGGGUUUGUCAAAAUCAAUUUAUCACCUGUUCGAAGACAUUUGGUAUCAAACACAUCUUUUUGUUAACUGACGAUCCUGAUCCAGUAAAUAAAAAUGCAAAUUUGAAACGUAGAGCAAUUGCUAAGAUGGCCGAUAUGAAACAAUAUGGAAUUGAACUUGAAGUUAUUCCGAUUAAACAACAAAAUACAAAAUUUGAUUAUGAAUUAUUUUAUGAUGAGUUACUAGAAGAUGAAUUAAUAUAUCCUGAUCUAGACAAAUCUUCUUAUCAUCCUGAUCCAACUGAACGUCUUGAUGAAUUAUUAAGCCGUAUUAACUCACAUGAAUUACGUCGAUCACGUUUAGCUCGUUUGCCUUUUCAUCUUGGAUCAUCGAAAAAUCUCACUUUAGGUAUUUCAGUAUAUUGUUUGGUUUAUCCAACACGUAUCCCCUCUCCAAUAUGGCUUUCAUCUUCAGAUAAUAAAACUGUACGUGUUCAUAGAGAUUAUUAUAAAAUUAUAGAUCCAUAUGGAUCUUUUGAUCCAGUUAAAGAUUUAUUACCAUCCCAUGAUUUAGUACGUGGCAUAAAACUUGAUGGUCGUUAUAUAUGCUUUGAUAAAGAUGAAUUAACUGAAGCUGUGCGUAAUAUUGCUCCUGUCGGUUUACACCUAUUAGGUUUUAUAUCACAGAAAUUUUUAAAACGAUAUUAUUACAUUCGUCCAGCACAUUUUAUUUAUCCUGAUGAAAAAUCAAUUCAUGGGAGUCGUUUAUGGUUUACCGCUUUAUUAAAUCGAUGUUUACAUCGAAAAUUAUUAGCCAUAGCUAUAUAUGUUCAACGUAAAGGUCAAUUUCCUCGUCUUGUUGCACUACUUCCUCAGGCCGAACAGAUAAAUGAUGAUGAUGAUGAUGAUGAUGAUGACGGUGCUAAUAGAACUCAAACAAUACCACCCGGAUUUCAUAUUAUAUUUUUACCUUACGCUGAUGAUUUUCGUGAUAUUGAAAUUUCAACGAAUGAAAUAGCUAACGAAUCUCAAGUGGAUAUUGCUAAGGCCAUGAUACGUAAACUUAUGGUACCAUUUACUCCUGGACAAAUUGAAAAUCCAACAUUACAACGGUUUUAUUCACUUCUUGAAGCAUUAGCUCUUAAUCGUGAAACUCAAUCGGAAGUUGUCGAUCAUACAUGUAGGUUAUUGAAAGUUUUUGUUGUUUUACAUUGUUCAGCACUAACAGCCAUUAAAGACUACACAAGUUUGACAUUGCUCACUACUCAGUGGUCAAUCAACUGUAAAUAUUGCAACCUGACGAGCCAUCUACAAUCGAUGUCUGCCCAGCAGCCACACGUCCCACUACUCCCCUCCAUCGACAGCGAUUGCUACAGCCAACACCGCCCCGUUAGAACACUCUGCUCGACGUCAUCUAGCACCAGACUGCCCCAACCAGCGCUUUCUCUCCCGGCCCCUCAAUAGUAUCCGCUGUCCCCCUUUAGAAGCGACACCAAAUGUUAUACAACUAUUGAAAACCUGGGAGUACUGGGAGUUUGUGUCGUCCUGAUAUGGGGUUCCACAGCAGUGCAGAUACACGGUCGUCGCACCAGGGAUUAAACCUUUGACUUCUGAUCUCAUGCGAAUUCUCAACUCCUAGAUCACUGAAUUGGGUUCUAACGAUUUGGAUCUCUCAAUCGCAUUAGUUUCAUUGAAAUCAUGAACCGACCAUUGUUAGGACAUCAUUGAAAACCUGAAUAAUCUGGACGGCCUUUUCGUCGUAGUAUGGGACCGUAGUGGCUGUUACUAUGUCAAGCCCACAUAAAUUAUUCUAGCUUCUGGACAGAUAAUUUAUUCAUUCAUCUCAAGCCACAUUUUGACGUUGUAGGUUAUUUGCUUAUUAGCCCUGACUGUUUUUAUAUGAUCAUAUGUGUGUUAAUUGCUUACCCUAUUCAUCACAUAUCUAUAACUUAUUUUUAAUUGAUUAUAAAUAUCAAGUCAAGUCGAGUUGACUUACUCGUCUUCUCCACUGCACGUCAGUUCGUUUUGUUUUGCUUCCUUCACUUCGUUUCUCAUAAUGUCUGUCUGGAUCAAUGAGUGUAUGAGAUAUGUGUAUUCAAAAUUCAUUCUUGUAUUUGGCUUAUUUUAUCCCGUUGUUCUCUAACGCAAAUUAAGUCGAUAAGAUCUAUAUGAAGGUUGGCGGCAUGUAUAUUUCGAUAACAGUCAUCAUGUGAUUUAUUUGGAGUCAGAUAUAGGGUCACUAAAUGACUUCCCGACAGAGAGCAUUCACUACCCUACACACGGGAAUGGAGUUCAGGAUCUUCGGUUUCGCGCAGUAACACUUGACCUGUUGAACACUAAACUGAAAUCCAACGGUGUUAGUCUCUAACUUUAGUCAAACAAAUGGACAUCCAGUGUUUGCAGGUUUUCAGUGAUGGCCUAACAUUGACCGGUUGAUGAUUUGAUUGAAACUCAACAAUCUUCACAAACUCAUACUGUUAAUUGCCUCAAUUCAUAGUAUCAAGCAAUCAUUUUCCAAUAUACUUGAUGGGUAACUGGCCCACAAUCGACAUGGUGAAACAUCGCUGGGUAUAGAUUCUCAUCAAAAUUUCAAAAUUAGUCACUGGUUAGCGCACAGUUAUUUGCUAGAGGGGAGGGUAAUAAUAUUACAAAUUUAUGGAAUUAGAUACUGCUUCAGUUAUUUGGCGGUCAUGAACAGAGGUCCUAGAUUUAAUCCCUGUUGACGUGGUUGUGGAUGUACAUUACUAAGGAGUCUUAUGCAAGAACAAAACAGCUGUUCAAUACUUUCAAUUAGUCUCUUUUAUAAAUUUCAAUAGAACGAUGAGAAAGAGUUAAUGUGAAAAAUGUGAUGUAUUUGCACCGAACAUCCCGAACAAUUUGCUCACAUAUAUACUUAUUUUUCAAUAGUUGUUUAACCAUUAAUAUUCUAUGAUGUUAACUAUGAAAAACAGAAAAUUCGAUAAAUCACUUUAUUCUACUUUUACUCGUUUUCUCCUGUUUUCUUGUGAAUCAGUUUUAACAUUUCGAUGUUGUUUCUCUUCUAUUUUUUGUUGGUAAUAAAAACAUUAAAAUUCGAUUUUUUGUUUGUUUGAAAAAAAAAAAUCAUUUUAGUACCUAAAUUUGGAGCUAUCAAAAGAAGAGCCAGUGAAGAAAUUAAAGCAUUCAAAGAAUGUUUCAAUUUAAAUAACGAGAGUAUAUUCAAAGUGAGUAAAGUGUAAAGAAAAAAAUCUAUAUUCGGCACUCAGUAGUAAUGCAUUUGUGAGUCAAUAAAAAUUAAAUUUGAUCAAAGUUGGAAAUAUAUAUCACUUGAAUUAUUAAUUAGUCCUGUGAUUUUAAGGAUCGAGCGUUCUCUGCGAAACCUGAAUGUCGUGGAUUCGAUUUAUGUAUAGAGUCAUGGCGUGGUUACUGAUGAAAAGUGUCCCAUACUAGGACAAAACAACUUUCCAGUACCCCUUGGUUUUCAAUGACGCUUUAAAUGAAGUCACUCCGUGAGGAAUAUCACAUUCAAAACAUUAGGCUCUUAAUUUACCUUUAGUUUCAUUAAUUUUGAAGCACUGACUUCGUAUUAGUUAAAGGACUUAACUUUACAGCUUGGGCUUACUUACUUACUUGUUACUCCUCAUAAGGGAUAGGCCACCGACCAGGCAGGUGUAAACAGCGAAUAAUAUUAAUAGUUGCAUGUAAAAGUGUAACUUGAAAGCUGUAUAUACGACUAAGUGUUUUGUAAGGAGUUACCUUGGUUAUAUUAAUUUAGAAACACAUCUUUUGUUUAGCCAGUCAACGUGUAGGUUUAUGAAUUUGAGUCCUGUCCUACUUAAUGACGUUUCAACAGUCCUAGAAUGUUUUAUUAAGCCUCAAAAUUUAAUUAUUUAUUUAAUCACUUACACUGUUUUUAUGCAUUUCGCUAAAACUAAUCUUCAAACAUACACUGUUAUUUGUCAACAUAAGGAAACAUUUAACGGAACAAUUUUAAUUUGGUUAUUUAUUCUCUGAAGAAGUGACUUACACUAAGUCACGAAACGUCAGAAAAUCUAAUUUUUCUACUCAUUGGGAUAUUACAAAUAUAUUAUUUAUUUAUUUAUAACAAUCUACCCAAUGCUCAAUUUAUUCGAAAUUAUCAAAUCAAAUCUUGGUAAUGAUACCUAUAAGGAAACUUUAUUGGAAAGAUUAUUAUUUAUUUUAUAGUUAUUAGAAGGGGUUUUAUGGAGGUUUUUUAAAAUAGAAAUUUCAAUAGUUGGAAUCAUAAGUCAAUUGAAGCUAAACCACCAUGGAAAACCCGGAAGCACUGGACGGCCGUUUCGUCCUAGUAUGGUACUCCUCAGCAGUGCACAUCCACGAUCCCGCUCUCCGUGAGAUUCGAACCCAGGACCUAUCAGUCUCGCGCGCCAACGCCUAACCAUUAGACCACUUAGCCAGCAUCCAACGGUGUUAAUGUAGAACUUCAACCAAUCCACGAAGUCGCGCCACCGUAAACCAUAGUUAUUUAACAGUCUUAUUAAGUACCGAAUUAAGACAUCUCUCCAUAAUUAAUUAACAGAUUUCGAGGUAAUUGACCGUUUUUGAUCAGUAGGAUACAUAUUCAUAAAUUAUUCUACAAGAGAUCAGUAAAUUAUGUCAUCACUUAAUUAGAAUAUUGAAAUAUGUGAGAAAAUCAUCAAUAUACAAACUAGCUAUUAUCCAAAUUUAAUUCCAGUUACAUAACAUUCACUAUACGUUAAUAAUUUGUUAUUAUAAACGUGUAACCGAUUUGUUCUUUUAUUUAAAAUACCAAGUCAGUUAGGUGAAUUCAUAAGAUUUCAUUUAUUGUUGAUCUAUUAACAAACAUUAGUUUGUGAAGAAGAUCAAAUUCAUUCUUGAAUAUUAGUUAGUGUGAGGAUAGCACAAAUUUGUUGGAAACUAAGGAACACUUUUUUACCUGUUUUGUUGUAGUAUGGGACUCCACAACACUGCCCACUUAUGACUCUUCAGUGGUUAAAUGCAAAACUUUCAAGUCUAACGGUGAACACAUAACUAUUUGAAUUAUUGAUAUGGCAUCUAAUGGUAUAAUUUCAACGGCAAUCAUUUUGCGGUAAUUCACAAUAUACAGUGUUUACAAAUGAGUUAAUUGACCAAAACUAUCAAAUUAGGUAUUUAUUGUAGUAGUUAUGUUUCUGUGAAAGAUAUUUAUGGUAUAUCAAUUGUUAAAUGCAUAGCGCCGUUUAUGUACAGCGCAAUAAGAGUAUUUUUUAAAUUUCUAUCUGAACUAUUUAGAUUUCUUUAUGGGGUACUAGUUGGUAACCAGUUUUGAUAAUACGCUAUACUUUAUUUGAUGACUUUAUAUGAUUUAAGGCCAUCACUAUUAUAAUCCAUGUGUUGUUUAGGAUGUAUUCAAGGUUUAUUUGUAUUGUUGGUAAAAAUAUUGCUGUUUUCGGGCUUCAAACCACCAUUUUUGUAUGUAUCGUGUAGAAGUGAUCCAAUAAUAGUCUAUUAACAGUCUCAGUCACAUAUUUAAACCCGUCUCCGUUUACUUAGUUAUGAGAAACCAAGGUAAUAUCUCUUAUUCUUACAUAGUAAAUUCAAGUGAAAGCCGAUUGUCUCUACAUGAACUUACUUACUAAGUUGUAUUAAGUUUACAGUUACUUGUUACUAAUAUUAUUGAUCGUAUUUAUUUUAUUUUCUCCUACAAACACAGAAACCUCGUCCUUCACAAUCCACUUGUAAUCAAGAAGCAAAAUGUUGUUUAUCUGAGAUAGAAUGUAAAGAAGCUGUUCAAUCAGAUAGUCUACACAAAUAUACAAUACCUGUAUUACGUGAAACAAUCAAAUCACUUGGUCUCAAAAUUUCAGCCAGUAAAAAAUCAGAUAUUAUUCAAAAAAUCAUGAACCAUUUUUCAGAAAACUAAAUUUUUUGUUUUUUUAAUUGUCAGUUUGUCAGCCUUUUUCUGUUGUUUCCCCCAAUUUGCCCCGUUCGCUUUCUCUGAAGUGAACACUAGAAGACACGUGAAGAAUAUCAGUAAUGUAACUGUGUAUAGACAAUAAUAUUUAAGUGUUUCGCAGUGAACUAUUUUUUUCUUUCGAAUAACCUUAUUACUGUUUAUUUUUAUAACCUUUGUCCAUGACAUAUUUUUUUGUUAUUUUCAUAAUGUCAAAAUAAACAAACAAAUUCCAAUACUGAACAUUCUUUAAAUAAAGACUGAUCAUUGAACAUAGUUUUUUAUUUUUAUUGUUUCAUAUAAUUUGAAAAACUGACCUAGAACAAUAAUUCAAUUUGAUGGGAUUAAAAAAAACCAAACUUGUCUUAUGAUUUUGUAUAGGAGAUUAAUAUGGUUUGUCUUCUUUUUCUUUGUUUUACAUCAAGCUAGUCACGUACAAUUCAUGUACUGAACAUUUCGAUUUUUUUAUGAUAAAUAGAAUUGUGAAAAGAUUUAGUUUCAUUGAAUUGUUUACUUACAGUUUAUUCGUUGAGUACUCAACUUGAGUUUAACAUGAUUGAAUAAGUUUUUGAUAAAUUGAUCACUGAAUAGGUUUCCUAUCUACUUCCUAUAACUAUCUGGUAUCACAGUAUAGUGCAGGGGAUGUCGAAACAUUUAAACUAUUGGUCAUAUUCUAAAAUGAUCGAUUGAACUCAGUCAACUCUAAUAGAAUAUGAUAUUAGUCACUAUUCAGUGACCAGGUAGCUGUAAAAAAAAAUAAUAAUUCAUCUCUACUUCUCCAUUUUUCUUGACUUAUCUUGGUGAUAGUGAUUGGGUUGCGUAGUCUUCAUUUUGUUUAUUUUUCAUAUACAUAUAUAUUUUACGAAUAGUCAAUACUUGACAGUUUUACAUAGUUUGCUACUAAUUGUGGACGUUUGUACUUAUCACUGUUUGUGAUACUUAGAACCACAUCAUUUAAUUGAUCAGUUUCUGUUGACCUAUAUGUAUUCUUAAACUGAUACCUCAAUAUUGACUAUACCUACGG